AAUUGUCAUUACAGCACUAGCUGAGGUAGCUGAUAAUUUCAGAGUUAUAGAAACAGAACCAAGUCAGGCUCGCAUUACGCCACUACCCAUGACGUCGAAGAAGGCAAGCAGCUCCGGCGCCGAUGAAGCGGAGACGAAGCUGUCGCCGUCGGGGUUCCCCGUGAAGGAGGUCCCUGGCAGCUACGGCGUACCCUUCUUCUCGCCGUUGAAGGACCGGCUGCAGUACUACUACUUGCAGGGCGCGGAGGAGUACUUCCGGUCCCGCAUCGCCAGCAACGGCGGCGCCACCGUGCUGCGCGUGAACAUGCCCCCCGGCCCGUUCAUCACGCGCGACUCCGGGGUGGUGGCCCUCCUGGACGCGCGCAGCUUCGCCGUGCUCCUCGACGACGCCAAGGUCGACAAGACCGACACGCUGGACGGCACCUACGUGCCCUCCCUCAAACUCUUCGGCGGCUACCGCCCGCUGGCAUUCCUCGACGCCGCCGACCCGCGCCACGCGGCGAUCAAGGGCGUGGUGAUGCGCCUCGCCGUGGCGCGGAUGCACCAGGUCGCGCCGACGUUCAAGAUCUCCUUCGGCGCCAUGUUCGACGCCGUGGACGCCGGCAUAGGCUCCGGCCCCGUCCAGUUCAACAAGCUGAACGAGGUUCACAUGUUCGACUUCACCUGCUCCGCGCUGUUCGGUGGCAAGACGCCGAGCGAGGCGAUGGGCGACGGCGCCGUGACGAAGGCCAUUAAGUGGCUGCUGCUGCAGCUGCACCCGAUCGCCAGCAAGGUGAUCAAGCCGUGGCCUAUCGAGGACCUCCUCCUCCACACCUUCCGCCUGCCGGCCUUCCUCGUCCGCGGCGACUACGCCGCGCUCACGGCGUACUUCGCCGAGGCCGCCGGCGCCGUGCUGGACGACGCCGAGCUGGCAAAGACCGGCAUCUCGCGCGAGGAGCUCCUCCACAACCUGGUAUUCAUGGCCCUGUUCAACGCCUACGGCGGGUUCAAGAUCUUCCUACCGCACGUGGUCAAGUGGCUUGCCCGCGCCGGGCCUGCCCUGCACGCCAGUCUGGCCGAGGAGGUCCGCGCCGCGUGCCCCGACGGCGGCGAGAUCACGGUGUCGGCCGUGGACAGGAUGCCGCUGGUGAAGUCGGUGGUGUGGGAGGCGCUGCGCAUGAACCCGCCGGUGGAGUUCCAGUACGGGCGCGCGCGGCAGGACCUGGUGGUGGAGAGCCACGACGCGGCGUACCAGGUGCGCAAGGGCGAGAUGCUGUUCGGGUACCAGCCCAUGGCGACGCGCGACGAGCGCGUGUUCAAGGACGCCGGCGAGUUCGUACCGGAGCGGUUCGUGGACGGCGGCGAGCAGGCGAAGCUGCUGGGGAACGUGGUGUGGUCGAACGGGCCGGAGGACGGCGUGGCGGCGGAGGGGAACAAGCAGUGCCCCGGGAAGGACAUGGUGGUGGCGGUGGGGAGGCUGAUGGUGGCGCAGCUGUUCCGGCGGUACGACACGUUCGCCGCCACCGUGGAGGACCUGCCGCUGGAGCCGAUAGUUACGUUCACCUCGCUCACCAAGGCGGCGCCAUUGACGGAGUAAGUAUAAACAAGUGCCAAGUGGCGGCGCUCGUGGGUGGCGUGGUGGCGUUAUUUAAGCGUGCGAUGACGGUGAUGCAGUGCUUGGUGCUUGAAGUUUGGUGGUCAAAUUUGGACGGGUUGGCUCAGUUUGCAUGUGCUGCUGCCGCGCCUGGGUCCCUCGAUCUGUCUGUCGUCAUGUAUUUGUUUGGAAGUGCAUCUGUAUGAAUUUGUAAUUGCCUGUAUUUAAAAAAUCUCAGUUGCAUUGA